AUGGAAGCGUUAAGCAAGCUGAUUGUUCACUGUGCUCAAGUCGGUAUUUCGCAAGUUACGCUGUAUGACCCAUGGUCUUACAUCUCCUCAAAAAGUAGUGCUUUGCAGCAACUUACUCAUGUUUUAACACAAAAAACAUGUUCGAAAAGAAUUGUUGAAAUUGUAUUUUCCGAUUCACUUGAUACUGCGACGCAUAUAAGUCCUUCCCAUACACUCGUUAAAGUGAUGGAUUCGCAAGAUGGUCGUCAAUCCAUUGUCAGAGCUUGUAAAAAAAUAUGCACGAAAAGUCUACCGGCAGACAUUACGGUGGAACAAAUAUCCGAAUACCUUGAGCAGGAACAUAUUUGUGAACCAGACUUCCUGUUACAUAUAGGUGACCUAGAUACAAUGGCAGGCUACUCCCCUUGGGUAUUAAGAAUUACGGAAAUCCUCCGACUUGAGGACCUUUCUGGUAAUUUCUCAUACCAGCAAUUUCUUUCUUAUUUGCAUAACUAUUCCUCUAGAGAUCGACGAAUUGGAAGGUAA